UAGUAUUGUUGUCUAGCACCAGCGAGAAGCACACUUGAGUUUGUAGUAUUAAAGGUCGAUUGUUGACUUGAACUCCUUACAGUUGUCAACACAUAUUCUCCCCACUCCCCACUCCAGCACUACCAAAGCAGCCUCACUAUUGUUCUGUUAAAAUGAACAUCCGCCAACUCACCAAGACUCUCCAUCACACCGUCUACCCGGCGAUUUCUCCCUCCAAUCCUCUCAACUCUGCCCACGGCAAAACAGUCGUUAUCUCGGGUGGUGCCAGCGGGAUAGGCUAUGGCAUUGCGCAAAGCUUCGCCGCUGCUGGCGCCGCAACUGUUGUGAUAAUUGCUCGUCGCCAGGCGCCCCUCGACGAAGCUUCAACAAAGCUGCGUGCUGAGAUUGCAGCCGCGGGCGGCAAGACAGAAGUAUGGACAUAUCUUCUGGACAUCACCAAGGAAGCGGACGUGAAUGGCGCUUUCGACGAUAUCAGGAAGCGCUUGAACGAGAGCAGUACCCCGAACACCCAGCCCAAAGACGCUGAUGUCCUCGUAACAAGCGCCGCACAUACCGGUCAAGGCGAGGCUACGUCUUCCCUGGAGUAUUCCACCGACGCCUAUCGCGAAGCGUUCGACACCAACCUUUACGGCAACCUGAACCUCACCCGAGCCUUCCUCAAGCCCGAAAUUCCAGCCAUUCCGUUGACUUCCUUGGACGGCAUCGUCAAGAAAACUACACCUUCUCCCUUUCCCCACAAUCAGAAGGUCAUCCUCGACGUCUCGACUGUCGCUGCAUACACCGUGUUUCCAGCCUCAGCAACCUACGGGACCAGCAAACUCGCCUUCACCCGCGCGCUGCAGUACCUCCAAUCCGAAGUCGACGCACUGCCAGGACAGCCCAUCCGCAUCCACAGUUUCCAUCCCGGCGCGGUGUUCACACCCGCCGCACAAAAGGCGCUUAAGACGAAGCUGGAAGGGUUUGAAUGGGACGACGAGAGCCUGCCGGGCGGGUUGGCGGUGUGGCUGGCUAGCCCCGCCGCGGCGUUCCUGAAGGGCCGGUUUAUCCUGAGCAACUGGGAUGUGGACGAGUUGACGGCUCUGAAGGGCAAGUUUGAGGCAGAUCCCGAGUUUGGCUUGAUUUCACUCCACUUCUGAGCUGGAGGGUGGGGAAAGGUAGACGGUCCUUCCUUGCCAACGUUUCCCAAGUGUGCACCUGAUAUAGUCUGUAGUCAGCCAGGGACAAUACUAUAUUCCUGUGAGCAACGCAUUGGAUCUGUGCAAU